GAAAGUGAAAGCCGAUUGUGGAAAAACACAAGUGAAACAAUCACGUCGACUUCUGUGUGACACCAAACUAAGCCUGAAGAAGAUACGUUUGUUUAAUCUGCCUGUUUUGAUGCUGGGCUGACGCCAUGUAUCCUCCUCACAGCACGGGAAGUGAAGAGGAGUUUGGCCGUUUGUGGGACACUGCAGUCAGUGGGAAACAUUAUGAGUGGCAGCUGUCUGAUGGACAUCAGUGGCUGCGAAUUGACAACGACCAUGUGAUCGAGACCCACUACUGCCAACCUGGAGCUAAAGGAAUCACCAUCAACACAAGCCAUGGGCCCGUGUUCAUAGACUUCGAUAAGUUACAGGCUUCGAAUGGAGCUAUGGGGGUGCAGAGGCUAUCUCUCCUACCUCAGGGCCAGAAGGCGGAUGUAGGCUGGUACUUCAGAGAUGACCAGCUGUGGCGUGAAUACGGAGCCCAGAGCUCUGGCACAUUGACCUCCUCAGUCAGCAGUGAAGAUGUUGAGCAGCAGUUCGCACUAAACCCUCAGGGAUCCUUCAGCUUCACAGUGGGCUCGACAGUCUACGCGCUUGACUUUUCCACCAUGAGCCAAACAAACUGCACCACAGGCAUGUGCAGGAACGUACGCAGGCGGCCAAAAUUCCCUCCCAACACAGGAAGCCUUCCCUCCACCACAGUGUUUCCCACGGCUUCCUCCUCACAAGCCACUAAUGGAUGCUACAAGUGGGAGUUUAUGGGAGAUGAGGGCCAAUGGACAGAAUACCAAGCACACGUGUGUUCAUUUGACAGCGCUGCCAUCGAGAGACAAUACAAGCUGAAUCCACAGGGGCAGCUGAACUUCAGGAUCAAGAGAUACUCAUACACGCUGGAUUUCUCAAAAAUGCAACAAGUCAAUAACAACAUCGGGACUACAAGAACAGUGAGGAGGACUGCUGUCUAUGGGAGCCAACAGAACAGCAGUUGGACCACAUUGCCACAAUGGCAGUUUCAAGACAUCGAUGGAAUAUGGACAGAUUAUUCCAAAGGGAAUUAUCACUGCAGCGUGUCCAGUCAGGACAUCGAGCUCCAGUACCAGGAGAACCCGUCAGGCACCAUCAUGUUCACCACCAAGAACUUUGUCUACGAGCUGAACUUCUCAGCCAUGACCCAGAGGAACCUGUCGACAAACACUACCAGAUCAGUACGACGACUUAAUCAGUGACUGCCACAACAACAGAUCCUCACAAUCACCUCACUGCCUGCCUCAGGUUGUCUCUUGUGUUGGAGACAUUUUUCACCAGCUGCCUCGGUGAUCAGCUCACCUUAUAAAGACCUAAAACCAAAGGGAUGUUUACAAUCGUUUCAUGUAAUCCUGCCCAUGUUUUUGUGCAUGUAACCGUCAGUUGAUGUUAAAAUGUCAUGAAUACUGCCUUUUGAGAAGAAACCUCUUUUGACACUGCCUACAGAUUAUGCAAGGAAAUCUUAAAUACUGCCAUAUAAUCAAU